GACGGCAUGACAUGGGACGCUCCGGGCUGCAGUCUUGUCCCAAUGUGGCAGCACGCGUACACUGCUGCGAAACUACAGCCAAUCAGAGCGCAAGAUACGGGCUGAUGGGAAACCAGGGGAAAGGAUCUUCUGUAACUUUACUGUUUGCCACACGGACUAAGUUGUUGUUGAACCUAGAAGAACGUAAAACACGCGUGGAACAGUCUGUCGUGUAAACAGGCGUAAACGCCGUAAUCUUUCCUUUUUAUUCUUUGUUCUUUUACUGCAAAACAGCCACCAACAACUUGGAGAGCUUAUUAUUUCUGGCGGACGACCGUGGAUGUGGUGCUCACACACUUUCACCUGGAGGAAUCCGCGAUGGUCGCCGGCCGGGCGGACAAAACAGCUUCCCCUGAGUGAGUUCAGCUACAGGACAGAAAAGUGGAAAACUGAACAACCUGCUGACACUCCAAACACUGAAGCUUCACUUGAAGAAAAAAAUGGCUUCCAGAUCAGAGGAGGAUCUCUGCUGUCCGGUCUGUCGGGAAGUCUUUAGAAAUCCUGUUUUUCUAUCAUGUAGCCACAGCUUCUGUAAAGACUGUCUGCAGAGAUGGUGGAGACAGAAACAAGCUAGAGAGUGUCCAGUCUGUAAGACGACCUCCUCAAAUGCAAAUCCACCUUGUAACCUGGUGUUGAAGAACCUGUGUGAGGCCUUCUUACUGGAGAGAGAUCAGAGAGCUUCAGGGGCUCUCUGCAGUCUGCACUCUGAGAAACUCAAACUCUUCUGUCUGGACCAUCAGCAGCCAGUGUGUCUCAUCUGCAGAGAUUCAGAAAAACACAUAGACCACAAAUUCAGACCCAUCGAAGAAGUAACACAAAAACACAGGAAGGAGCUUCAGGAAACUCUGCAGCCCUUAAAGAAGAAGUUAAAGGGUUUUGAACAAAUUAAGGUGAAGUUUGAUCAGACAGCAAAACACAUAAAGCUCCAGGCGCGACGCACAGAGACGCAGAUUAAGGAUCAGUAUAAGAAGUUUCACCAGUUUCUAGAAGAAGAAGAGGAGGCCAGGAUGGCUGCACUGUGGGAGGAAGAGGAGCAGAAGAGUCGGACAAUAAAGGAAAAGAUGGAGGCUCUGAGCAGAGAGAUAGCAGCUCUUUCAGACACAGUCAGAGCCACAGAGGAGCAGCUGAGAGCUGAAGAUGUCUCAUUCCUGAUCAACUACAAGGCUGCAGUGGCAAGAGUCCAGCAGCGCCCCCUGCUGGAUGAUCCACAGCUGCUCUCAGGAGCUCUGAUAGACGAGGCCGGACACCUGGGCAACCUGAGCUUCUACAUCUGGAACAAGAUGAAGGACAUGGUCUCCUACACUCCUGUGAUUCUGGACCCAAACACUGCUCAACAAAAAGUCUUCCUGUCUGAAGAUCUGACCAGGGGGAGAUGGGGACAGAGAAAGCUGCUUCCUGAUAAUCCAGAGAGGAUUGAUAAAUACCCCUCUGUCCUGGGCUCUGAGGGCUUUAACUCAGGGACUCGCAGCUGGGAUGUCGAGGUUGGAGACAGUACAGGCUGGUCACUGGGUGUGUUAGCAGAGUCUGCCCAGAGGAAGGGAAGCAUACAGUCUGGGUUAUGGAGAAUAGGGUUCUUACAAGGUUAUUACUCAGCAGGGUCACCAUCAGAUCCAGCCACUGGUCUCGUAGUGCAGAAGCAGUUCCAGAGGAUCAGAGUGACUCUGGACUGGAACAGAGGAAAGCUGUCGUUCUCUGAUGCUGAUACUAACACACAGAUACACACCUUCACACACACUUUCACUGAGAAGAUGUUUCCAUUCAUUAGUCCUUGGUAUAACGUCCCACUGAAGAUAUUACCAGUGAAGGUGUGUGUGACAGUGGAGCAGAGCAGUUAGAGAUAAAGAGGAUGAUUAUAUUCAUGAUGUUUAAUUCUUAACCCUUGUGUUAUCCUCAGGUCAAAUUUGACCCAUUUUUACAGUCCUUUAUAUCAGAAAUAUUGGUUUUGUUCAACCGAAUUGCCCAAAAAUA